GUCAUCGUCGGCGUCAUCGUCGUUUGAGAGAGAGAGUGAGAGACACGAAGAAAGCGCUUUCUUGAGUUCUUCUCCUUCUCCUUCUUGUAGAGAGAGAGAGAGAGAGAGAGAGCGUGAAUUAUUUCGCAGAGACUGUGGCUUUGGCAUUUCCGCCAGACUAAGUUAAAUGAGGGGGACAAUCUCAUUUAGAGGUGCCAUUCUCUAACGCGGACCAUCUCUGUCUCUGCUAACUUGUGUUGGCCGGCAAUUUUUUGCCGUCUUGUUGUAAUGCCACCUUCUCGGACGAUUGUUGAAAUUUAAUUUGCGUCACCGAGUGAGUUUUGGUUUGGUUUAGAGUUUGAGUUAAGAUUUAAGAACUCUGUCAAGUGGUAGUUUAAUUAUCAUAGAGUAAAGGAGUGAGAGCUUUGAAGCAAAAUGGGUGACACGGAAGAAACUAAUAGUGAUACGAUGCAAAGACUUCAUUCUUCAUUUGGAACUUCUUCUUCUUCCAUUUUAAAGCAACAUUUAUCAAUGGAUCAACUCAAUAUACGCCAAUUGAGCCCUUCAGUUAACCGUGCCCGCCAUUUUCAGCCAAAUUUUAGUGGAGAUAGUACCAAAAGAAUUGGUAUACCGCCUUCGCACCCCCAUCAGAUCCCACCCAUCUCGCCGUAUUCUCAGAUCCCGGUGUCCCGGCCGGUAAACCAGCAGACGGGUUCUCAGAAUUUUAGCCCGGGGCCCGCUCAUUCGCGGUCCUUGUCACAGCCGUCGUUCUUUUCGCUUGAUUCAUUGCCCCCCCUGAGCCCGUCUGUGUUUCGUGACUCCUCAUCCACGUCGAUUUCUGAUGCGGUGCCGGGUGAUGUGUCCAUGGAGGAUCGGAAUGCGGGAUCGCGUUCUUUGUUGCCUCCCUCACCUUAUUCGAGGGGAGAUGCUUCCCGGGUUGGGGAUAGUUUACCCCCUCGGAAAACGCAUAGAAGGUCUAAUAGUGAUAUUCCAUAUGGGUUCUCUAGUAUAAUGCAAUCUUCACCGCCCCUCGUUCCUUUGAGAGUAGCUGGUGGUUUAGAGAGGUCGUUGUCUGGAAGAGAGCCUGCUCAACCGGUUAAAAAGGAAUCGAGUUGGGGGAAAGGUGGUGAAAUCAAUACCGAAGGUAUGGAUGAGAGGAAAUCAGAAGGGGAAGUUGUGGAUGAUCUGUUUUCUGCAUAUAUGAAUUUGGAUAACCUUGAUGCAUUGAACUCUUCGGGAACAGAUUACAAGAAUGGAAAUGAGAAUCGCGAGGACUUGGAUAGUAGAGCAAGUGGGACAAAGACUAAUGGAGGUGAUAGCAGUGAUAACGAAGCAGAAAGCAGUGUGAAUGAAAGUGGGGGCAACAUGCAGAGGGCAGGACUAAAUUCUUCAGCUGGGAGGAAGGAAGGGAUAAAAAGGAGUGCAGGGGGAGAUAUUGCCCCAACUACCAGACACUACAGAAGUCUUUCUAUGGACAGCUUCGUAGGGAAGUUGCACUUCGGUGAUGAGUCACCGAAACUGCCACCUUCACCUGGAACUCGUCCUGGACAAUUGUCACCCAGCAAUUCAGUUGAUGGUAAUUCGGCUGCCUUUAGUUUGGAGUUUGGAAAUGGCGAGUUUAGCGGGGCAGAACUGAAGAAAAUUAUGGCAAAUGAAAAACUUGCUGAUAUUGCGUUGAUGGACCCAAAGCGCGCGAAAAGGAUUUUGGCAAAUCGUCAAUCAGCUGCUCGUUCCAAAGAACGGAAGAUGCGGUACAUUUCAGAGUUGGAACAUAAGGUUCAGACUCUACAGACAGAAGCUACCACAUUGUCUGCACAGCUUACCUUAUUACAGAGAGAUUCUGUUGGUCUAUCGAACCAGAAUAACGAAUUGAAGUUCCGUCUCCAAGCAAUGGAACAACAGGCACAACUCCGAGAUGCUUUAAACGAUGCCUUAACAACCGAGGUCCAACGGUUGAAGCUAGCUACGACAGAGUUGAGUGGGGAGAACCCUUCAAAGUGCAUGGUUCCACAGCUUUCUGUUAAUGCUCAAAUGUUCCAGUUGCAGCAGCCUUCUUCUACCCAGCACAACAUUCAUCAGUUGCAACAGCAGCAGCAGCCACGGAACGAGAAUAGUAACACAACCUCGAAACCCGAAUCCCUCCAAUAGGAUGUGAAAUAUGGGAUUGUUGAUUGGUUGGCCCUUCGUAUUAUCGCUCACUAUAGUUUAAUAUCCGGUAGUAGUUACCAGAUGCAUUCAUUCGUUCUUAUACCGUCUUUCAAUCAAGGUGUGUUAAUCAUUCAUUCAACCUGUAAUGCGUGUCCAUCUCGGACUAUGGUAUGAAGUCAUAUACAAAUCCCAACACUAAUUUAUGUUCUUAUCUUUUGCUUAAUUCUGGUAGAUAUCUUGGAGUGUACGACAUUAUUGGGCACAAUUUCGUGUUUUUUCUUUAUGACUUUGGAAGAGUUGAUUCA